UCCCAUCUGAGGCUUUAACACAGCACAGAGCAGAGCUGCCGGUCACAGUUGUGCCCUGGAUUGUAGCUGAGAGAGAGAGCAGCCCUCCUGCAGCCUGUGAGCCCACCACCACCAUGGAUGUCAAACUGCUGGCACUGAUGGCUCUGCUGGCCGUGGCCACACAUGCACCAGCCUGCAGCGCGAAGCCCAUCAGUCUGGUGGAGCGGUGUUGGUGUCGUUCUACCCUCAACACGGUUCCCCAGCGCUCCAUCAAAGAGCUCAAGUUCCUCCACACGCCCAACUGCCCCUUCCAAGUCAUUGCCAAACUGAAGAGCAACAGGGAAGUCUGCAUCAACCCAGAGACCAAGUGGCUGCAGCAGUACUUAAAGAACGCCAUCAACAAGGUGAAGAAAUCCAGAAGACGCAACAACAAGAAAAACUAAACACGAGGGAAGACGUGUAUGUCUUCAGGCCUGUGCCGGACCUGCAGUAUAUACCUCCCUGUCACUGCUACGGAUGCAUGUAAACACGCUGUAUGUACCCGUCCACCUCCCUGGACCACUCGCAGAACCAGCACUUCACAGCCAAACCGUGCCGUCCCCAUGCAGCACCACCACCGAUCCCUCCGGACGCCCACGUAGUCACCUCCGACGCCCUGUGACAGCACCUAAUGCAGUUACACCUCGGAAUGACAGGAUGCAUGUUAAUGUCAGAUAUACAGUGUGUGUGUGUGUGCGUGUGUGUGAACGUUGGACUUUUGACAUAAGAGUGUGUAUGUGUGAAUGUGCUUCACAGGAACUAACUCUGACUGUGUGUUUAUUGUAUUUUGUAACUUCACACGUCUAUAAAGGAACAAACUGACCUUUCUGUCGCACACGCAAGGUUUUGUGGGUAAUGCUACCUUCAUGGUCCAAAUCUGGUUUGGCAAACAGAAGAAGUGUUACAUUUAGGAACUCAGCCAAGUGAAAACAAUCGGUUUUAUUUACAACAAAACAAAUACCUCAACUCUUGACUGGUGAACGUGGCAUUACUCCAAGACCAGGGGGUCAUGUGGCAGACUGAGACGCUGGCCUGUGAGGUUUUCCCUCCCCUAAUGGGCAACCAAUCAGGGCAGGUCGUGCUACCACAUGGUCUUGCUUUGUCUUUGAGCUUGCUGCAUGAACGAAACAGAGAUGAAGCUCAUGCAAACUGUUUAUGAAACAAGCACUGAUCCUAUGGUGCUAUAUAUAUCCAGUAUAAGGGGUCAGAGCCUUUUAUAUACUGUAACUGUAGUUCACUGUUUAUCUUAUGCAAGAUUUAAGGCGGGAUGCUGUGACUUCUUAUAUGAAACCUGUCACACAAUAGUUAAAACGCUGUUGAUGGAGUCUGAAGUGAAAAGUGAAAUGGACAUAUUGUACCGAUAAAGACGACACUUAUCAAUGCAGCUUUUUCUCUCAUUAAAUGAACAGUAAAUAGUAAACAAAAGCCAAAUAUUUAUUCAGUUAAAUAUGCAUUAAGAACAGGUGAAAGUAAAACUCUAUUUCAUGGAUUUCUAGAAGAGCUGCAUCCCUACUACAACAUCACAGUGUUUUCAAACUGAAACGAUCUUUGUUCUGGCUCCGUAUCAGUAUUAAUGCCCGUCAGUUCUAACACACCUGCAAAGCAUAUCAAAUGACCACUAACAAACACAGGGCAAACACUGCUCAAAUACCGUCGGACACGGGAAUUGUAAUUCAUGCUAAAUUGAACUGCACAAAAGUGGUUAGCAAAGACAACAGACGCCAAGGCUAAUGCUGGUUGUUUUCUUCGGGGAGAGGGUUAUGUGAUGGGAGCCUGACGAAUCAGUGAAGGCUACGUCGUGACUGAAAAAGACCAAAAUAGGCAACAAUGUGCGUAACUACGUCAUCUUUUCCAAACAUUUCUGUCUAAACUAAAACGCAGCCCUGAAGUUUUCAAACUAAAUCGAGGCCUGCAGCAUUUCCACACUUUUUUUAACCACAAUUUUUGCAGCUCUAAAACUCUGGAGUAAUGCAGAGAUUUGAUGCUUUUCCAAACCAAAACAUAGUAAUGUGGAUGUAGCCUAAUUCUGAAGAAAGUGUUUUUUACACCUUAUCAAAGGGACGGGGGUAAAUGUCCUGACAACAUUUAACCACAGUAUUUUUGUACCAACACCUGUCCUGGGUAGGAAUGAAAAGCUAAAUUAUCAUAUAGAACGUAAAGCUGAAUCAUAAAGGUCACAAAGGGAAUGUUAAGUAGUAAAAGUUGUUUUUUUUAAUCAUUCUUUAUUAUAUAUAUUUGAGCCACUUUAUUAUCAGAUGUGUCUUUUAUAUGUAAUGCUUUUAUUUUUAUAUUGUGUAAAAUUUACUAAAUGUUUUUUAAUGCAAUGUAAAGUAGGCAGUUACUACUAAAUGAAGGCAAUUCCAUAAAAUGCAAGAAAAAAAUGGCAUUAAACUUCAUUUUUAAGGUUUCAUGCAAUAUUUCACUCAUGCGUAAAGGUCUGUUUACAAUCUGUUCAUCACAGAGUGUACCACAUUCAAGCUCCAAAGGGAAAAAACGCCAUCUAUUAACAUAUUGGUUUUUUUUGUUUUUUUUACAUUGUGGAUACAAACAUCUUACAAGAUAGAUAUAGUCUUUCGGGUUUUGUUGCUCUCUGAGGAGGUAAAAUGGUUCAACAGAAUAAAAUCUGUUCUGUACAAAACACAGUGAUGUAAAACAAAAGGAGGCUGUCACGGAGUUACAGGAGAAACUUUUCAGCUCGACCGUACCCCUCCAACACUUGAUUUGAUUUUUUGCUGCCUUACUGAGGUUGAUGUAUGAUGUGUCAAUAGAGCCAAGGAGCCAAAACAGAACAAAACCUUUGAGUUGGGAGCCGAGCAACCGACAUGUGCUUUCAAUCUGGACACUCCCAGCAUCCCACAGGCCUUCAUUCAAUCUCACUCAACUGCUGCCAUGCUGCAAAAUUAGAGCCCAAUUUUCUUCCCAUAAAAAUUGUGAUCGAAGUCCUGAUGCCUGUCGUAAUGGUCUUUGUUUAGUUUUUCUUUGUUUUACAUGGCCAGUUUGAACUCUUUCUUUCAACUUAUGGUGCAAUGGUCGUACAAGUAUAACUUCAUUCCCAUUCAUGCGAUUGAAAUUAAUGGACAUUGAUUUUAUAUUAUUUCACUAAGUUGUUGACGUGCAUUGCCACAGUUACAUCUUGAAAAAACGACUGCAUAGUCUUUUCUGUAAAGCUCAACUUCUCUAAUAUAUAAUGUCAUAAUUAUCUCAAUAACAGGAAGUUGCAUCAUUUAAAAGUAGUAAACUUUGAAAAAUGUAUGGGCAACAUUUCAUUAAUAAUUUAUGUGAAUUAAACACAACAACUAGUUAGCUGUACUUAACAGACCUAAAGUGUUUUUAAUAUAGUUUUGUCAGAGCCAUCCUCAUCAAACAUCCAUUGUGCACGACAUUAACUACCAUUAAUCUGCCAAAUAUACUGAAAACUUUACUUACACGCAACUUCACCAGCAAAUUGAAAAUAUGUGUAUGAAAUACAUUUUGGACCAAAUGUUCACAACAGUUUUUCAUGACAAAACACAUUCACAUCUCUUUGACAUUCACGUGUCAGAGUGGGUGCAUGUGUUCUGCUCCGGAGCCCAAAACAAUGUGAAAUAACUUUUCCCUCUUUUGAGGCAGCUUCUGACACAUAUUCUUCAUAUACCUGAGAUGUAUUGAGACAUAACCCUGUGUAUUUUUAGUGAUUGUAAACCAAGAGGCAAUGUUUUAGCUUUGAUACUCGAGCCCUUUUUCAAUAAAGUCAUAUGAAA